CGGGGAUAGGGGCAAGUGCAGCUUUAUAUAGCUUCACUUGCUCUUUUUUCGCAUUAUUCUUAUUCUUACUUUCAAUGAAAGACUGCUAUUUCUAUGCUCUAACAUUUCGAUAUAGUUGACUUUGUCCAUCCUGGUCUCCUAUUCCAGCACCGGGAUACUACAGCUCGGGAUCCCACUAAAAGCCGAUAUAAGCGUUAGGAUAACAAUAAAAUACGUGAUUCAGAAAGGUUUCAUCAUAGUGGUGAUUUAUCCGGACCCCCAUUGCAACGCUGUCGCCCUUGCUUGCGCAGAGUUGCAUCCUUGAAUAAUCGGCCUGAACCGGGUCAAUUCAAACGUCAGCAGACUUUCAAAACUUCAGUCCAAGAAUAUACCAGUCAAGCGACACGGAGAGAAAACCAGUAUAGCCAAAAAUGCCUCCCGACGGCUCCUCAUUCACACCGCUGAAUCUCCCAUCUACAUUCUCGCUCCCGCAAUGCAUGGAAUACUUCUCUCUCACAGCCGGCCCCAACACCAACCUCUGGCGCAAACCCCCAACAGGCGACAUCGCAACCGCGCCCAUCGUCUUUACCUCCCUCCGGAAUUCAUUCGUCGUCGCCGAAGUCACCGUUAGCGCUGACAUGGAAAUGGAAUGGGAUCAAGGCGGCCUUGUCAUCUUUACCGGUGCGACACCGGAAUCGCUAUCCCUUUCUUCUCCGGCGAGCCGUCGGACAACGCCGACAAUGCGACCACGGCUCGAACCCGCCCGGACGUGUAAAUGGGUUAAAGCCGGGAUAGAAUUUUGCUCGGGGGCCGUUCAUGCUUCUUCAGUUAGCGCUACAGCCGACGGCGCGGAUUGGUGUCUAGCCCCGUUAGAUUUACCAGAGGGCGCGACAUCGCCAGCUCUUCACUCGCUACGGAUCAAACUAGAGCGCAUCGGCCAUUCGCUUUGGAUCUGGUACCAGGUGCCCUCAGUAUCACCGUAUGCGCGCACACCGGGAGCUGUCUCUGGGACGUGGAAGAAACUACGCGAAGUGACCUGGUUCUUCUACGGGGUUGAGGAUAAAUUCGUGCAUGUCGGGGUGUAUGCCAGUCGACCCAAUAACUCGCCGAACGAUACUGCAUGGCUUGGGUCUGGACUUGGGAGGUCAUCGGAUGGGUUAGUGGUCGAGUUUGAGGAUUUGGAGAUUUUCUAGCCUGUUCCCCCUUGG